AAAAUUCUAUAUAAAUCAGACCCCAACACUUAUCUCUUCUAAACCUUCAAAUGGCUUCCCAUUCACUGAAAGUAAAAGCCCAGUAGCCUUCACAAUGGUUUGCAAGAACCUUCAUGAUCUGGUCCCUGCCACACUCUCUGACCUCAUCUCUACAUGUCCCCUUCCUCACAACCACCUGGUCUUUAUUCAAAGUAGCCCUAAUAUUUAAAGCAGCAACCUUCUCUAUUCCCCAUGUCUUUUCUUCUCUAUUCCCCUUCCUGCCUUUAUUUUUCUCUAUAGCAAUGAUUACAAUCUAUAUAUUUUACUUGUUAAUUUUAUUUUCUUUUCCCUCCCACUAGUAUGGGAGUUCCAUUACAGUCAGAGUCUUUCUCUGUUUUAUUCACUACUAGUGAACUGCCAGUACCUAGAUCUGGACCAAGCACACAGUAGGGUCUCGGUAAACAUUUGUUUAUCGCUUUGCUGGAUUAUGGGCACUGGCUUUAGAGAGGCAACUAAGCAUAGCAAUUAAGUACCAGGAUGCUAGAGCCUGGUUCAAAUCAUGACUCUCCCCCUAAGUAGCAGGAUACAUUCUCCUUGCCUUAGUCUCCUCAUCAGCACAAUAAUAGUACCUCUUUUAUAGAGAACUUGUUGGGCCAUCAAUAAGUGUAAAGCACUUAGAAUAGUGUCUUGCACAUGGUAAGUGCUAUAGAAGCAGUGUUUAUAAUUGUAUGCACCUGGAGUUAAGAUUUAUAUCAGUAGUAUAGAUUUUCCCGAAUCUUUUCGUGUGUUAUCUUGCAUUUGCCCACGUUAACAUUCAUUCAUUUCCCAUGUUUCUCCUCACUUACACUGAUUGAUAUGAUUUCCCUGUAGUUGUAGUCAUCUCCUGUGGCCUGGCUCUUCAUCUAUAAACUUGGAUGUUUCCUUGUGUACUCCCUCUUAUAGUCAUUUAGAAACUGUUAAAUAGUAAUCUUGCUGGGCCCCAGUUUCCCAAUCUGUACAGUGAGUGGGUUGGACUAGAUAAUCUCGAUGGGCCUUUCUAGCUCUGACAAUCUCCCGGGACAGGACGAAGGACAGGCUCCACCCCCAAACCCACCCUCUUGGAUAGCCCUCUGGCUGCCAAGGGGAAAGGUGACAGAAUCAACUGGGCUCAGCUUCAAGGGGACCAAGUAGGAGACAUGCCAAGUUUCUUGGGUGAGGGUGGCGAUGGGGUACCUGGGCUGGACCAGGCUGGGGGAAGGUGUCAGAAGUAACUGUUGUGUGGAGACACUGGGAGCAGGGUGAGGGGAAAGGUCAUGGCACCAUGGGGAGAAAUGUUGUAAUGGGCUAGGACACAACUUGGGUCUGGGCAUCUUCCCACAUUGGACAGUCCUGCUAGCCCUCCACCCCUUCAGCUAGCCAAGAUCUGGAGGACAGAGUCAGCUGCAGAAUGAGAACAACCCAAGCUCACUGCCUGCCCUACGAGGCCCAGCACUGCCUGCUGCCCACCACUCCAGGCUGGACCAAGGGGGCUUGGGCAGAGGCCAGGCUAGCCUGGGUGCACCCAGAUGUACUCCUCUUGCUACCCCUAAUGCUUCAAUCAUGGCCCUUCUUGUUCUCUGCUUUCCAGCCUCAGGGCAGAGCUGGGAGGCCAGGAAAUCCAGCCACCCUCACUUCUUCCCUUUCUACCUCUAGGGGGACCAUGGCCAGUGCAGAGUCCCCUCUGCUCACAACCCUAGUCCCCAGCCCGGAUCCUGGUGACAGUGAGGUAGAGCUGAACUGCUGGUUUGAUGAGGAGUUCAAGUUCGUCCUGCUGCCUGUGAGCUACACAGUUGUCUUUGUGUUGGGCCUAGGUCUCAAUGCCCCGGCCCUCUGGCUCUUCCUCUUUCACCUUCGACCACGGGAUGCAACGGUCACCUACAUGUUCCACUUGGCCUUAUCAGACACUUUGUAUGUGCUGUCACUACCCACCCUCGUCUACUAUUAUGCAGCCCACAACCACUGGCCCUUUGGUACUUGGCUCUGCAAGUUCAUCAGCUUUCUCUUCUAUUGGAAUCUCUACUGCAGUGUCCUUUUCCUCACCUGCAUCAGUGUGCACCGCUACCUGGGCAUCUGCCACCCACUGCGGGCACUCCGCUGGGGCCAGCCUCGCUUCUCAGGCCUUCUCUGCCUGGCAGUUUGGUUGGUUAUAGCUGGCUGCCUUGUGCCCAACCUGUUGUUUGUCACAACCAGCCCCAAGGGGGACACCAUCCUGUGUCAUGACACCACUUGGCCUGAGGAGUUUGACCACUAUGUGCACUUCAGUUCAGCAAUCAUGGGGCUUCUCUUUGGUGUGCCCUGCCUGGUCACUCUUGUCUGCUAUGGGCUCAUGGCCAGGCGCCUGUAUCGGCCCUUGCCAGGGACUGCCCAGUCAUCUUCUCAUCUGUGCUCUCUCUGCACCAUCACUGUGGUGCUGACUGUCUUUGCUGUCUGCUUUGUACCUUUCCACAUCACCCGCACUAUUUAUUACAUGUCAAGGCUGCUGGAAGCUGACUGCCGCGUGCUGAACAUUGUCAAUGUGGUCUACAAAGUGACUCGGCCUCUGGCCAGUGCCAACAGCUGCCUGGAUCCUGUGCUCUACCUGCUCACUGGGGACAAGUAUCGCCGUCAACUCCAGCACCUCUGCAGUAGUGGUGGGCUCCAGCCCCGCAUGCCUGCCUCCUCCCUGGCGCUGGUGUCCCUGCCUGAGGAUAACAGCUGCAGGUGGACAUCCACCCACUGGGACAGUGGCUUCCCUACCUCUGGGGCAAAUAGACUGUAACACUGGGAGCCAGAAAGUAAAAGAAAAAAGGAUGAGUGCAGGGCAGAGGUGAGGGAACUCAACAGUUACACCCAAUAUGGCUGCUUCUUCCUCUUUUCCAGGUUCUGGAGAGGCCAACACCCUGAGGAUGGAGAGGAACCAGGGAAAUCAUGUGUGACUCCAUCUCUCAUAAACCCUUUAGCCGCCCUCUCCUUUUUAGCCAAAGACAAUAACAGCCACUCUUCUUUCCUUUGUUUCUGUCUCCUUCCUGUGUCCAUUGGUCCCAUCUCUUGAUCAUACAAGGCUUCCUAAAAAUCUCACCCAGUCCUCUUGCCUCCUCCCUUUUCCCAAAUAUAUUUGUAUAGCAUGUGUUCCUUCAACCAGACCAGAGCAUUAGACUGAAGAGGUGGAGAAGUGGGAUAACCUCAGGAUUGGUCUGAUUUAUCUGAUGGUGAUAGCCAGAAUCAGGAGGUGGGGGCGCCAGCAUAUCACAGAUGCCAAGGAUGUGACAUAUGUAGUGCCCACACCCACUUCCUGGUUUCCUCUGAAAGACAGCAUAGUCUUGCCUACUGAAGUGUUGAGAUAGGGCUCAAUCUCAGGCAACCUGCAUGUCGGAGUCCCCACAUGCAGCUGGAGGCAUGGCACUGUUGAACUGGUAUAUAGCCACAAGGCAGAGAGGGAGACCUGAGUUUUACCAUGGGGUGGGUAUCUUGCCUCAAGGGGCAGGGCCCAAGUCGAUGACAGCCUUUGGAACAGGACCUCCUUUAUGAUGUUUGCUGAGAGCAUAUUUGACUGUUAUCCUGUACUUAAUGAAAAGUACAGAGGAUGGCUUAGAAAGAGAUGGGGAAGCUCUCAUAUUUGUGACUGUAACUUCCAGCAUGAAGAGGUAGAGCAGGUUUGUGCAGAGUUUGGGGUGGUGGCAGGAUUGACGCCCAGAGCUGGCUCUUCACUGGUUUCUCCCCUUUCUCUAGCUCCUGCCCUAGGUGAAUAAUAAAUCUGUCACCAACUCUUUCAUAUCAGGCUUUAAGGCUUCACUGCCAGGGCAGAGCAUGGGGACUAGGACAGCUCCCUUCAGAGUCUCCCAUCCAGUUAUUCCCCCCUAGCACCAUCUUGGUGCUUAUGGGCUUACAGGAGUUGGGGGGUGGGUACAGAACUUGGGCAGCUAACCCCCAAACCUCAGGAAAUAAGAGUGUCUAGGCAGCCAUUCAUAAGAAAGGAGGGCUCACACUUCUAGGCACCCCCACUCUGAAAUUGCCUUCUAGCCCACUGGUCCUCUGAGUCUCCAGCCGGACUUUUCUUUUGCCCCACUAUUGCUGACCUGUAUCGGAUCUCUUACUUGUCUAAGGGGUCUCUAUGGGGAGUAAGUCUGAGGCUAGUCUUCAGAAAAAAAUGACUUCAAUGCCCCUGAGUCUCCCUUUGCAUCCUUCCACGUGUUCCCUCUUUCUGCCUGCUACCCAUGACUCUUUCCAUUAGGAGUAAAUGGACUGGCCUUUUCUUUACUAGUUUUGCUGUCUCAUGGCCGCUGCCUAGACUGUUACAUAUCUCGUUUUUCAUCUGUACUCUUUCUUUUAUUCCUAUGACCAUACCCUCCUUGCCCAUCACCUCUCCUAUCCACUGACUCCACCAAGUAAAGCUGCUUUCUCUAUCACAACAACCCAGUCUCCUCCAUUUCUCCAGUCCAUUUAAUUCCCAUAUGUUUUAUCAAGACUAACUGCCCAGACUUUGUGGUCUGCUACUUUCAGGCUGUCUUCCCUUAUACUCUAGUUAAACACAUUUUCACCUUGGGUCACUUUUCUCCUCUCUCCUAUACUGGAGGAGAUUGCAGAUGAAGCCAGUGGCUGUUUUGACCCACUGAAACUUUAUGUCUUGGAACUUCAUCUAAACCCCCAUUUUUGUUAGCCUGCUGAAUUCCUAGUGAAAAUCCCAGAGCAAGUGUUUCUUGUAUUUUCCACCUUCUCAAGGCUCCAAUUUCGUCCUACCCUAUGACCUUCUAAGAGUUACCUUGCUUCUAAUGAAACUGAGAAGAUCUAAUACCUUAACUUCUUUCUGCUUCAUUCAUGAUAACUCUACUUUUAUAUCCAUCUUGCCUUUCUCCCUUUCUUCCCUGUAGACCCCACAUAAGAGGUGGCUCUCUUACUUUUUCUUUUGUUUAUCUCUUUUCAUCACUUUUAGUCUUUCCAUAACUGAU